GACUGGUGCUGCAAGACCGGCUGCGUUUUUUCAGCAUUUUGUCAAGUCUCUCCUCGUAAUCAGUGUAGAUCUAUUGUACAGAACGUGCAACAACGUCUGAUAACAGGGACAGUCAGUUAUUUUUAACGAAUACGUGUCAACCCCAACUUUAACUGGAACAGCAGACCGGAAGUGGUGACUCGAAGCAGAGACAGCAACGGCUGCCUGCCGGAAGUAAAGACGGUGAAAUAACCAGCUAUGGCAACAACUGAUCUGUUGGUGGAUUUACAAGAUGAUCUGGUGUCAGAUGAUACUUCCAAGACACUUGGACCACUCAAGCUGUCUCCACUGGAUGAAAAGACCUGGCCUACUGAGUGUGAUGACGAAUUACAGUCAGUUUCAGAGCAGCCUUCUGCAAGGAAGGAUGGCACAGAGAGCCAGUUGCCGUAUUCAGCAGACGAUGAGAACUUGCCUGAAAUUGUUGAUCCUCCCCCUGAUCUGAAGUGGGACGAUCCAUACUAUGAUAUUGCAAGACGCCAAAUAGUGGAGGUAGCAGGCGAUGAUAACUUUGGCAGGAAGGUGAUAGUGGUCAGUGCCUGUCGGAUGCCUCCCAGUCACCAGUUGGAUCACACCCAACUGCUGAAAUACCUGAAGCACACACUGGACAAGUAUGUAGAAAGUGACUACUCAGUUGUGUACUUUCACUAUGGGCUCAACAGUCAGAAUAAACCUUCGUUUGCUUGGUUGCUGGAAGCCUAUAAGGAGUUUGACAGAAAAUACAAGAAGAACAUAAAGGCUCUGUACAUCGUCCACCCUACCAGAUUCAUCAAAGCACUCUUGGUUGUCUUUAAACCAAUAAUCAGCAUGAAGUUUGGACGGAAAAUCUUGUAUGUGAAUCAUUUAAGUGAACUUGAACAGUACCUGAAGUGUGAGCGAAUGGUGAUUCCACAAUGUGUGAAAAGAUUUGAUGAGCGUAUUCAGACAGCGCAGAAACUCAAGCCACAAGAACCAAAAAAGCAGUUACCUCAUCAACAGUUUGGGAUCUCACUUCAAGAGCUCAGAGAAAAGGACCCUGAACAUAAGGUCAUCCCACUAGUCAUGGAACAGACCUCCACUUACAUCAAAAACCAUGGUCUGAACAAGGAAGGGAUAUUCCGUCGGUCAGCUAACAUGUUCCUCGUAAAGGAAGUACUGGAGAAGUACAAUAAUGGAGUUCCUGUAGAUUUUGAAACCUACAAUGAUGUUCAUCUGGCAGCUGUCAUAUUGAAGACUUUUCUUCGUGAAUUGCCUGAGCCUCUGCUGACUUACAACCUAUAUAACAAAGUGAUCUCAUUGGGAAAAGUGCAGGAAAAUAAACAGAUAGAAACGAUUGCUGAGAUGAUUAAAUUUCUCCCGGAGGAUAACUAUACCGUGCUACGUUACUUGGUAAAGUUCCUGGGAGAGAUUGCUGACUACAGUGACCUGAAUAAAAUGACUGCAUCCAACUUGGCUCUGGUGUUUGGACCUGCUCUCUUAUGGGCAAAGGAUGCUGCAAUUUCACUCAAUGCCAUCAACCCCAUUAAUAACUUCACUCAGUUACUCUUUGAAAAUUAUACUGAAAUCUUUCCACCCAAAUAAGAUAAAGCUUUACCAUUUUAAAGCACAGCUGGAGUUGAGUCAGAUUGCCCUUCAGUUUUUAAAUGUUCACGACAAUGCACGUUGUGUGGUAACACACAGAAGAAAGGCUAUCAAAUUAGUUGGUGCACCCUUUUAGUUAGGGGUAUGAUUAGCACCUCAUAACACUGCUUGGUCUGUGUGGUGGCUCUGUGUGGUUACACAAGUAUCCAGGAUGGGGCUUUAAUCAUUUUGAGUCUGGGGCUGGAAUCCAUGACUCUUAAGUUGUAGACUUGAUCAUUAUUAUAAUGGGAAUGAUAUUGGAGAACGUUUUUGAUUUAAAUUCUGAAAUUUCCUGCUCUAAGUGCACUGAGAGCAAUCAUUCAAUCUUGGAAAAUAAUGAAAGAUUUACAAAAAUGACUGGGAUAUUUCUACAAUGAAUAUGCUUUUGAUUUCAUUUUCAAAUGAGGGAUUUUUUUGUGGUGUUCUGUGCCAUUUGUGUUAACUGUGUUGUACACAACUUAAAAUUAAAAUUUUUGUACUUUUUCAUGGAUUCUCUGCCGAUCCAAAUGAGCUGGAACUAGUCAGAAGUUGUGAAUUCCUUCUGAAGAAAUAAAGUCAAGAUUGUGUUUGGGUAAUCAGAUUUAUAGGUUUUGCUGUUUAAGAAUAUAAUGUUACAAUUUAAAUUUUUAAAAAUGAAAAAAAUUCAUUGUUUAAAGAGGGAGCCUUUUUGCUGUUCUGUCAGUGACAUUGUCAUGGAAUAGUUGCAGAGGCUAGAAGUACAAGGAUGUUGAACUGAUAACCAUGUCAAUGCUGUGGUUAUCUUGGGAUGCUUCAGGUCGUCAUUCUCUUUGAAGUCAGCAAAUUUUGUUGUCCGAUCUAUAAGGAUUUACAUUAUAAGGUUAGCCUAAGUAGGCACGGAAAGCCCUACUGCCAUUCCAUUGUUAACUUCUCUCCUGACAUUCUGUGAUCAAAUUAUAGAGCAGUACAUAAUUCAUUUUGUUCAAAUGGAUGAAAUUGCCAGUAAUAACCUAAGUUCUCAUGAUGAUGUCAUCAGCAUUCAAUUUUUACUACCUUCACUUUUCUAGUUUUAAGCAAAUUAUCAGCAGUUAAGCUUGCAUCUUUAUAUAUUUUUCCCUCCCCUUCUUUUCAAAGUCUGUUAGCCAACAUUUGAUCAGAAAGCCCAUCCCUAGUCUAUUCUGAUUUGGUUGCUACUGAAACCACUUUUAGUUAGAGCAUAACUUGAAAAAAACUGCGUGGUCAGAAUUUGGCAACUUUUAUCUGCCAUAGAGCAUUUUAAUUAUUUUGCAAAAAGCCUUGAAGACUGUAGUUUUGUUUAAAAAACGUUUUGGUGAGCAAGGUGUACUGUUUAGACCUCAGGUUGAGGCACGAUAAAGUUGAGAAACAUUUUAAUGCUGGUGCUUAAAGAAAGGAUUGAAUAGGCAAGUUUUAAGUUUUCCUAAAUAACUUUAUAACACAAAAGGAACAGAGGGAAACCUGAACGUAACCUUUUGGGUUAAUUUAUUAUGAACUCCCUAGUAUUAGGUCGGUGUCACUUAAUGAAUGCAGUCCUUCUAUCUGAGAUGAGGGUUUGAUGGAUGUUGCUAAAAUUUGUUGAUCUCUCUUCAAGUGUUUUUCUGCCCUGGAGGUGUCAGAUCUUAGCAAAGGUACCCAUGUCACUGAAUUUGAGUGGACCUUUUUUGCGUUGGGUAUGAAACUGAGGUAGGCGUCACAGCCGAGAUUGCUCAAUCCUCACCGAUAUCCAUGUGCUUUCUAGCAGUAAAAUUAGACAGUGAGCAGGAGUAAGAAGCCUGGCUGUUCUUCCUUUCUCUUCCAUCUAUACUUCACUGCUUUCUCCUAGGAGUACUGAAGUUAAACAUAACAUCACAAUUUUUUUAGAAUUCUACAGCAUAGAAACAGGCCCUUUACCCCCACCAUAUCAAUGAAUGCCAAACUACACUUAAUCCCGUUUAUCUAUGGCUGCUACACAUGGCCUUUUAAGUACUCAUCCAACUGUGUCUCAAACAUUUAGAGUAUCUGGCUCCACUACCCCCUCUGGUUGGACAUUCCAUAUCUCUGUUACUUUCUGGUGAAGUUUAUUUUAGCUAUAGUGAACCAUGGACAGUGAGCAUUAGGCAUAGAUUUAUUUCAUGUUUAAAUCAUUGCAGUGCAUUGAUGUUCUUGGGUUAAGUUCCAACAUUUCAGAAUUGACAGGAGUGGAAUAUUUUGCUUUCCUUUUUGUGUUGCUGGUAUCUUUCUAAAAUGUGUGAUGUUUCCAGGGUUAAAGUCUGUUAUUCCACAGCAAAGCAAGACCACUAUCACUGAGUACCUGGGGCUGGGCUCUCCUAUUUGUGUAAUUUUGUCAUCCUUAUAUUUUUGCAGAAUGCAAAACAGGCAAAAGAGCCACAUGUUGCUGUUCACAGUAAAGUGAACUGUUUCACUUUGCCACGCCCCUUCCAGAUACUUCAGAAAGUCAUUAAGAAUCAUGCAUGUGGCUCUCGCCAUGCAGUUAAUGAAAUCUGCUCCCUUCAAGCUGGAGUGAUUAGUGUCAUUCCCACAUUGAACUUAUUUGUGCAGGCUUCUUGUGAAGAAGCAUCAUGUCUGAUGGUCUGUAUGAAGCUCCAUCACCCACUGGGCAAAGUUCAUUAAUAAGAAAUCCAACCUUUGAAUCAAAAUGUACAAGCAUCUGCAUAUGAAAACAAUUGCUUGCUGGGGCUUUCUUGUUUGUUUAGGUGCUAAUAUUGUGAAACCCACCAUAAUAUAAAGGGAAAAAACUGCAUGGUUCUAUAGUGGGGUGAUAAGAUGAUAGAUGCCUUUUAUACAAUGAACAUAUCAAACUCCUACUUAAAAAGGGACACUGAGUGGGAGGGAGCAAACUACAAAACAGUAACCCAAAUUUCACAUGAUGCACAAAACUCUCAAAAGAUCACAAAGGUUUAUGAAGUCUGUACGUAAUAUAUUGAUUUUAAAAACUCUAAACUGUUAAGCAACAGACUGUUGAAUACAUUAUAGAGUCAUACAGAACAGAAACAGACCCUUCAGUCCAGUUUGUCCAUGCCAACCAAGCUGCCAAACUCCCACUUGCCUUUGUUUGGUCCAUAUACCUCUAAAUCUUGUAGCUGUAUUUGCAUCCACCACUUCCUCCAGCAGUUCAUUCCGAGGAUGAACUGCUCUGUUUAAAAAAAAAGUUCUUUUUAAAACUUUAUCCAAUCACCUUAUAAAUAUGCUGCUCAUGAUUUUAUGGACCUCUCUAACGUCACCACCCCAACCUCCUAUGAAGGAAGUCCCAGCAACUGCCUUGGUAAAAUCUUUUCUGAAUCCUCUUCAAUUUAGCAUCAUACUUCCCAUAGCAGGGUGACCAGAACUGCUGACCAACAUUCUGUCCCAAGUCAAAAGGUCUGAGCAAUCAAGGCAAAUGCGCUAAACGCUAACUAUUCUAUGAUGCAAAUUUCAAAGAAUUAUAAACCUGAACCCAUAGGUCUCUAUAGAAUUUUGCUUUUUUCACUGCAAAAUGGUUGCCUUAUUUUCAGAUGUAUGCAUACAUCUUGUACCACUCCUCUCAUUUUUGAGCCUUUAAAAAUCUAUACCAUGUUUGAGACAUGAAGCAACAGGGAAGAAUUAGUUAUACAUAAACUAAUAAACCAAUGAAUUUCAACUAUUUUAGGAUUCCUUUAAACAUCACCUACUAAGGCUAAGGCUUUGUUCUUUCAGCUAUUUCUAAAAUAUUGGUGCGUCUUCUUCCUUCAAGAUGAGAUUGCCUUAUUUUUAAUUUUUCACGUAGUUUCUGUGGUGUAGAAAGAAAUUUUACUGAUUGCAAAUCAAAUUUUAAAAAGUUUCAAUGUGCCAACUAUUAAACCACACUAUUUCUAUGUACUGUCAAAUGAGUUUCAUUCUACCUCAGUAUUAUCCAUCUUCUAUUGGGGUGUUUUUUUUUCCCCCAUUCUAAAAUUAAUGUCUUUCCUGCUGAAAGAAAGCCUUUUUACUGUAGGGUUCGAUGAGCAUUUCACAUUUCAAGAAUAAAAAGGUAGAAAAUGCAAGGACUGUAACCUUCUGCUCAGGUUCAUUUUUUCCACUUGUGAGCCCUAAGAUUUUGAUACGUGGAUCAUGUGUAAGCAACUGCAAAGAGAAACAUUCCUUAAGCUUCUGGACACAUUCAAAUUUGAAAGUAGAUACUUCUAUGAAAGUGGGAAAUGUAUAGAAUCACAUAUAAUAUGUUUAAUUGUAUCAGAAGCUUUUUGGGACAAAGAGUGAUAUAUAAAUUCUUCUGGGCUUUUUUUCCCUCUUUCUGGAUAAACCCCUGGUUUAUACAUUAAAAUCUUUAUUCCAAUGCCAACAGAGUUGCUUAACCUAGUCAUCAUUUUCCUUCAACCCUGCUCUGAUGUUCUGAAACUAUGUCUAUAAAAUGCUUGCGUCAAGUAAUCCGUGGCUGCCCUCAUUGUUGCUGACCAGCACUGUUUUUUCUUGGCUGCAUCCCCAGACAAUCGAUGUUAAAAUAAUUUUAGAAACCUGGCAGUUUUCCAUUCUGGUUUUGUGAUUUUAUAACACAACUUGCCCAUAUAUAGGGAUAAACAUGGCAGCAGCUUGUAAAAAAUGAGAAUUUCUAAGAGUGCAUGUUUUUUCAUGAUCAGUCAGUAAGAUGAAAGUAGGCCUGACCAGGUUAAUUUUUGUUUUUGAUCAUUACAGAGUCAGGAAAUAACAUUUCAAAUGAAUGGCUGAUCACACAAGCAGCUGCAAGUAGAAUAGAGAAGUGCUUUGGACGCUAUAACCUAACAUUCAACUAGUCCCCUUUAGAGGGUACAUUGCUAUUGUAAAGGCACAAUUAAAAAUACAGACUGAAAGAUAAAAUUCAAAAUUAGGGUGUUAGGACAGGGGUUCAGAAAGUAAACAAACUUACAGUUGUACAUGCCACAAAAUACAAUCCUAUUAUUUCAUGUUGAGCUAAACUUUGUUCACCCACAAAGGGUUUACUGUAUGUUUUCUUAAUGUUGAAAUUUAUUGCCAGUCACUUGUUCACUACGCCUAAGCAGAUGAUAUUUAUACAUCUUGAUCGGUGACACUCCGUUUCAAUUUAUGGAGACCAGUCACACGUGUUGUAAUUUGGUUUGUUUUAUAAUGUAGCGAUGAUCAAAGUGACUUUUAAAAUAAAAUACAUACAUGAAUUGUGUCAAACA